AUAAGAUUCACCUAGUCGACAUAAAAGUGUUAUUGUCGUUUCUUGUGCGACAAACAAAUCGAUCCAUUGGCAUUGACGAUUUACCAAUGACUGACCCGUUGACUCACUGCCCCUUAGCCAGGUACCCAGGUACCCAAGUAUCCCUCCAGGGGAAAAAAAAGAUCAAACAAGACGAAGAAAAAGAAAAAGACGAAAAAAGACAGCCCCGCCAAAACGCGGUCAAAUCGCGGGGCACGUCCCCCCCUUUUCCCCUAUCCAGACCUAAUCCCAGUCUUCUUUCGACCCAACUCCAAUUACAUUUAUUGCUCACACACCGAUUGCUGCCUGAUUGGCCCCUCCUUGUCUUUCUCUUUCCAUACCUUUUUCCAUUUUUCUUCCCAUCGUGCCCAUCCGGACCACUCACGUUCAACCUACAUAGCAAAGUACACUUACUCGUCUUCAACGAUCUGUUACUUACCACUUUCUCUCUAACAUCACUUUAUAGUAUUGUUCCAAGGUUUGUAAGCCAAGGAGCAUGGCAUUCAGCGAUCGGUACCCGUCCGUUCCGUAGAUCUCUCCUCAACGUUCGACCAGGUUCGCGAUAUAAGCAUACCUAGUAUUAUUAACACCCCUUCGCUUUCUGCCUUUAUUCAUCUCCGUGCUCUCCGUGCCAGCACGCUCCCCAUCAAUUUGUCACUCAAUUUGAAAUUCACCCGUCCCUUACUAUGUAUAAAGAUGCAAUACGCGUCCUCGUCG